AUGAACCGGUAUUGUAAAACUGCGUUUCGACCCUUCCUUAUCGGAUUGAUAUCUGCUCUUUGUGUAUUUCCAGCCGCUGCCUAUCAUCAUUCUAAUUUCGAUAAUCGUGAGAACAUAAAAAUUCUGGAUUCAUCGAACUUUCCACAGAACUCGUUUCAAUCCAAUCAAAGGGUUCUGGAUGAUUUGGAUACUAUGUUUUUAGAAGAGAUUUUACCCAGUGUGUCAGUGUUCACAAACCAAGGGAAUGUUUUGCAGGCUUCAAGCCUCACGUGUAACAUCUGCAGUAGCGUUGCAGGUCGGAUUAAAGAAUUCAUGAUGCUAAAUAUUACACAAAAAUUCACUGUGAAACAAGGCAUCCUGAUUUGUACACUCUUGAAGAUGCAAACCCGUCGCGUGUGUUCCAAAAUCAUUCCCAAAUUUGGACCCUGGGUCAUGACAGUUCUUGCGCAUUCUGUAUUUUCCGCGGAAAAUUUGUGCUCCAAGGCCCAUUUGUGUCCAAAGCCUGACACAAGGAAUCCCGAGAAAAUCGACCUCCCGAGGUCACCUACCAAGAUACUCACUCCGACAUCCGGAGAAGGUGAUGGUGAAAGAUUGUGGGUGAUUCAUUUGAGUGACUGGCACUACGAUCUCGAAUACAAGGAAGGAUAUGAGGCAAAUUGUGGGGAACCAGUUUGCUGCCGACCGCCGAAUUCUUUCGGUGAUAAAGCCAGGAACCCAGCGGGUAAAUGGGGUGACUACAAUUGCGACAUUCCCAAGUUGUUGAUAGAGAAUAUGUUGGAAUUUAUUCCAACCGUGGUGCCCCGAUUGGAUUACAUCCUAUCCACCGGAGAUCUUCCUCCACACGGUAAUUCUAAGAUUUAUUUCUGUUCAAUGAACAUUCCGACAUCUAAUUCUUUAAUCUUUGAGAUAGAUGUUUGGUCCGAAACGCAAUCAUCCAUAAGGGAAAUCACCAAUCAAACUGCAUCGAUUUGGCGUAAAUUCUUUAAAUCCACACCAUUUUUCCCUAUCAUCGGUAAUCACGAAUCCGCGCCGGUAAAUUCCUUUCCCACGUCAUCAAUCGGCAUUUCCUCAGCUUCUUGGCUGUAUGAUAUAUUAGCGAAACAAUGGAACGGUUGGCUUUCUCCCAAUACUCAAAGAUCUGUAGAGCAGAAAGGUUUUUACUCGGCAAGGUUGCCGAAAGAUAAUCUGCGAAUAAUUGGAUUGAACACAAAUUUUUGGUAUAAAUUCAAUUGGUGGAUGCUCAUGAGGCCAAAAGAAGAAUGGGAUCCUGAGUGGAUGUUAAAGUGGAUGGUUGAACAGUUGCAUGAAGCGGAGACACUUGGCGAAAAAGUUUGGAUUCUGGGGCAUAUGUCAGCAGUUGACCUUGACGCGUUCCCAUCCUUUGGUGUAUAUUUCUCGCAAAUCGUGGCCAGAUUUAAGGACACCAUUGUUGGUCAAUUCUACGGCCAUUCUCAUUGGGAUGAAUUCAACGUCAUCUAUGAUAGUUCGGAAGGUCGAAACAAAAUAGAACCCGUCGGUGUCGCGUAUUUGGCUCCAAGCGUUACCUCAUUCAAGAAUGUGAAUCCUGCGUUCAGAGUAUAUGAAGUCGAUAAAAACUCAAAGCAAAUAGUCAACCAUUACACGUACUCAAUGGAUCUGAAGGAGGCAAACCGUAAUGACAAACCAGAGUGGAAAUUAUUAUAUGAUGCGAAAUCUUUAUACAGACUCGAAGAUCUUCAACCCAAGAGUUGGCAUGGUAGUAAUAUUGACUCGGAUUAUGUAAAAAACCUAAAACCCGAAGUAAAUUUUUUGAAUUUUAAUGCAGCGCUCACCGAAAGAUUCAUUCAUGACGAAAGUGUCUACAAAACCUUCCAGAGGAUGGCAUCUAGAGAUCAACAUCUUAACAAGUACGGCACGUGUCGUCAGUUCGAAAAUCAACAACAGUGUCGCAAUCGAAUAGUCUGUAAACUUCGAGGAACAUUUCAUCGCCACGGCCCAUUCCGUGACGAUGAAUUUUGCAAAAAACAAGUGUGGUUUCCAUACUUACCCGAGGAUUGGUCUUUGCCCCCCGCCAUGGGCAAGCAUGUGAACGUUCUGGUAGAUCUGGAUAAGGUCGAUGCCGACGAAUUAGGCAAGAAAGACAUGAGGAUCAAGGUUAACGUCGAGGGGAAAAUUAGUGGAUACGUAGAGAAGCGUGACAAAGGUGAAGACGAAGAGACUAGUGGGGUGACCUUUGAGGGACUUGCGAAGACUGUAGUACGACUGGUGACGGGACUGGUGAUGGGUGGUGACGAUGUGAUGUGCCGUUAA